CACUGAGUUAGAAAAUUGCAAACUGGCCAAUUUAAAUUUUUUUAAAUAUUUGUAUUUUCAUAUUCUACCGCAAAAGGCAGCACUUGACAGUCUAUACUUGUGUCUUAUUAACACACCCCUUUUGUAAAACAUAACCUUACGAAACGUCAAACUUAACAAGACCAAUUUUUAUAUAAGUACAUAGCAUGAACACUUGUAUCUAAGUAUAAAUAAUAAUAUGACAUUAACAUUUUUCAAUAAAAAUUGUUGGUUCGAAUUAGCAUCUAUUCGUUUUAACAUAGUUUGAUGGAUUCAUCUGUCAACAACAUAAUUUCGAAAUGGCACCUCUUACGGAUUUACUCUCAUGUAGCAUAAUUGAGAAAGAUUCCAACAGUGAUAUAUUAUGGACCUGGUCUUAUCCAAUCGUUUCAGAAUCUCAAAAAACAGUUGUUGCAAGGAAAUGUAACUUAGAAGUAGAACACAACUCCCCUCAAGUAUUUGUAUUCUCAAGACACAAAUACGAUUGGUUCUACAUACACUGUAGUGAAGUAUUUGAUUCGGAUAAAUUACCAAAAUUAUCUUUGAAACAGGUAAAGCAAUUUGCAUUGGUUUUAUUUGCCAAAGACUUUAAUCCAAGGAAAUAUGAGGUUCUUUCAAGAGUCCUUAGCAAAAUGUAUUGCAAGACUGGCAAGCCAACAGAAAUACUACAGUUAUAUCUCUCUGUAUUUACAAAAGGAUCAUGUUCUACUCAAGAAAAUGGAACAUUUGUUUCUGAUAACUUUAAUAGCCAUUGCUUUACAAACAACACAAAUGUCAGAGAAAUGAUUAAAACAUUUGAAUUGGAAACAAUCUUGAUAUACACUGCUCUUCUUUUAAAAAAACGGAUUGUAGUCUAUCAUCAUAGCUUGGAACAACUUUUAAAAUGGAUUGGAAUAUUUCCUGCAUUAAUGAAGCAUCGUAAAGUCACUGAUAAUUUGUUUCCUUGGGUUGAUCUAAUCGAUGAUGAACUGGCAGAACUAAAAGGUCUUUCACACUACAUUGCUGGCUGUAGAAACAGUUCCAUUUCAUCAAGAACAGAUUUAUUUGAUCUACUUGUAAAUAUUCCAGCUAGAGAAAUUACAGUUGCAUCACAUGCAAAAGAAAGCCUAACAAUGACAAAAACGCAUAAAGAAAUAGCUCUAUUCAUGAUCCAACUAAGUGAAAAUCAAUCCUACGUAGAAAGCCAAAUAAUAUCCGAGAUAAAUGACAAAACUCAAGACCUGUUAAAUCAGUUGAAAUCAUUGGCGGUAGUUCAAGGACCUGACGGAAGAAAAAUGGUAUCAGCGCAAACGCUGAAAGAAAAGAAUCUACCGUCAGCAGUAGAAAAUUUUCUAAUUAACUUGGCUGUAGCUGAAAAUUUGUUUUUAUUGUAAUUUUAUAUAUUUUUGUAAAUACGUAACUGUAAUAUAAUCCAGUAAAUAAUUUCCACCACUUAA